AUGUUUUUGUGGCGUGCUGUGAAAUUGCCGUCCAGGGGCUGGACUUCUUCCAACCGAUUCCACCAGUACCCCAGCCGGUUCCUAUCCUCGAGCUCUUCUUUAGCACCAAAAGGCUCCAAGCAAGCCCCCAAGAACACGGACGUUGAACCUCCCUCGGCCCCCAAUAAAAAAGACCCGGCCCCAAACGACCCCAAGACAGUUGCCCAAGCCGACACCGAGCUUCGCGAACGCUUAGAACGAAUGUCAGGAGAGGGCGGAGCUGCAGGAAUAGAAUACGAAGAUGGAAAACCGAGUGCCAUGAAGCGCGGCGUACGCAACAACAUGUUCCGACUGAUUUGA